AUGGAAUGGGCUAUGGCUGAGCUCCUUCGCCACCCAACCGCCAUGGAAAAGCUCAAAGACGAAAUAACCAACAUCGUCGGCACCAAUGAAUCCUUCAUCAAAGAAGAACAACUAGCAGAGAUGAGCUAUCUCAAAGCGGUGGUAAAAGAGGUUCUAAGGCUACAUCCUUCACUUCCCAUAAUAAUCCCUAGCCAAGUUAGGGAAGGCGCAAUUAUCAAAGGGAAAGAGAUCUUGUGCUGGAAUUUAGUUAUCUGUGAGUUUGAUGAGCUCGCAAUGGCGAACCUGGUGCAUGUUUUUGACUGGAAGCCAACGAAGAGGAAGGCAGAAGAUAUAAAUAUGGGUGAAGAUUAUGGACUUACUACUCGUAAAAAGGAGGCUCUUUUGCUCAUUGGAACAAAGGCAAUCAAAUAA